CCGCCUUAAACCCUAAACCUUCGUCUCCAGCCCCACUCAUCCCUGCCGCGCUUCUACCCUUCUCAACUCCUCUCUAGGAUUUCUCCACUUCCUGAGGGAUGUCCCUCGAUGGGAGCUUCUCCUGCAAAUGCGCUCUCCGCCGUCUCCUUGCGCGCUGCCCUGGCCUACGCUCCGACCCCAGGCUCGUCUCUCUCUCCAAUAAGGAAGCUGUCACUGCGGAUGAGGUUGUGGCGGCGAUCGCUGACCCUUUUUUGCAUCCCAAAUUUACCAUUCCGAUCAUGGGGUGCUUCCGGCCGCUCUGCCAGAGGAUUGUGGAGCAGGUGAUUGCGAAACUUAAGGUUGUGCCGAACUUGGAGAGCGAGAAUGAUGAAGCACGCGAGGAGAUUGGAGAAGAGGAUGUGCGCGUUGUAGAUUUUUAUGUUGGGAGAGGCAGGGGAUUGAGACUUCAUGAGCUUGCAUCGCUGACAUUCGUUCGAGCUCUUGACUUGGCACCUUUCCUUUUGGGAUAUUUGUUAAGUUAUUAUAGAAUCGCUCCACCUCCUUUCAGACGGCUUGUGUUGGUGAUGAACUCAGCCUCGGAGUUCAAGGAUUUAAGUCAUUUGCUUGAAGUUGUCCGGGUAACUUAUCGUUUUUUGUUAAUAGAGACCAAAGUCUUCUCUGAAUUAUGGGAGUGGACCUGUUUCUUUGAUCUAAUGCGACAACCAGAAAUUCUUAAUUUUAGCUAUACCAAGAUGGCAUUGGAUAAUAAAUUGGACAUAAAAUGGUGUUCAUCGCAAAUAUUGUCGGUUGUUCUCAAAAUAAGCGAUAGAGCUAUCGAAAAGUUUGGAUUAGGACCAAAUGAGACUCUAUCAUGUUUACUCCGUUGGGAGGAUUUCUGUCAUGACAUUACUUUAGAAAAGGCAGGCUGGUACCUUGAUGAAAGUAAUGCUGACAUCAGAAACUGUUGUCAUGGGGAUUUUAAGUUUGAUUGUUUCCUAGAGUUCAACAAAAGUAUUUCAUCAAUUGUCUCUUCAAGAUCUCAUCAAUUUAAAUCAGAAGGAAGAAAUUGUCGAAACAAGGUUUCGAGUGUUUUACAACUUGCUGGUGGCCCAUUUAUCCUGACUUCAGCGAUAAGGAAGAGUUUUGACAUGUGUCUCAUGGCAGUUAGUCAGAAAUGGCCUAUUCUACUGCAUGGUCCUGCAGGUGUUGGAAAGACUUCAUUGGUCAGGAAACUAGCAGAAAUUUGUGCAAAACAAGUUUUGUUUAUUCAUGUGGAUGAGCAAAUGGAUAGCAAAACACUGGUUGGAAGUUACGUUUGUACGGAAGUACCUGGUGAAUUCAAAUGGCAACCAGGUUCUCUUACACAGGCCAUACUAAAUGGGUGCUGGGUGGUGUUUGAAGAUCUAGAUAAGGCUCCUAACGAUGUUAAAUCUAUUAUUUUACCACUGCUUGAAGGUUCCGGUUCUUUUGUAACUGGCCAUGGGGAGUCAGUUGAUGUCCCUGAAAGUUUCCGCUUGUUUGCAACGAUGACAACUUCAAAGCAUGAUGCCUGGCAUGCCAUUGAAGGAAGCUCUGUGUGGAGGAAAGUGAUGGUUGGUGCUCCAAGCAAAGGAGAUUUAGUGGAGAUAGUGAAUGAAUGCUACCCAAGCUUAGUCACUUUUUCAGUGAAACUUAUAGAAACCUUUGAAAGAGUUAAUUCUAUUUCUUCUGAUAUACUUGGUGGGGUUGCUCCAACUGGUUUCUUCAGUAGGUUUUUGUUAAGGGAUCUAUUGAAAUGGUGUAGAAGAAUCACUGGUUUAGGUCUAAAUUUUUCAGGACCUGCAAUUCCACCACAUUUAUGCAGAAGUAUAUUUCAGGAGGGUGUUGAUAUUUUUGCGUCCUCCUUGCCUUCUUUGGACAACCGGAUUUUGAUAAGGAGAGAACUCGCCCAUAUUUGGAAUAUUCUUGUGCCUGAUGUUGAUAAUCUAUGCUCUAGCAAGCCUGUUUUUGAGACUUCAAGGUCAUCCAUACAAGUUGGAAGAGUUGUCCUCGAGCACAAUCAUCCUGUGAUGGUUGGUGAAAAGAGAUAUUUUGUUGGAAUCCGUAGUUCCCUUCAAGUUCUUGAGAAGAUUGCCUGUUCUGUUAAAUAUAAUGAGCCUGUUCUUCUAGUGGGUGAAACGGGUACUGGUAAGACUACACUUGUGCAGAAUCUGGCUACAAAGCUUGGACAUUCACUUACUGUGAUGAAUUUAAGUCAGCAAAGUGAUGUAGCUGAUCUUUUGGGUGGAUACAAACCUACUGAUGCAUGCUCAGUCUGCAUGCCUAUUUAUCAUGAGUUAAAAGAAUUGUUUUGCAAGUCCUUUUCUGGGAAGGCCAAUGAAAAUUAUCUUCAUCGUUGUGAGAUGUAUGCAAUAGAAAAGAAUUGGAAAAAACUUCUACAUGCUUGCCAGAAGGUGGUCAACUUUGCUAGGAAUCGAGUUGCUAAAUCAUCCGGCCUGAUUUCUGGUUCAAAGAGAAAGAGGCCAAUCUCCGAAGAGGUUUUUCAUAAUUGGGAUUCCUUUGCUUCUAGACUGGAUGCUGUUCGCAAGCAGAUUAGUUCCUCUGCAGGCAUGUUAUUUACCUUUGUUGAAGGCGCUUUUGUCACUGCCAUAAAGAAUGGUCACUGGAUUUUACUUGAUGAGGUUAAUCUUGCUCCACCCGAGAUGCUCCAAAGGAUUAUCGGUGUUUUAGAUGGAGAAAAAGGUACAAUUUGUCUAACUGAAAGAGGGGAUGUAGAUUGCAUUGAACGUCAUCCAGAUUUCCGCAUAUUUGCCUGCAUGAAUCCUGCAACAGAUGCAGGAAAGCGGGAACUUCCCUUUUCUUUUCGGAGCAGGUUUACAGAGUAUUUUGUCGAUGAUGUAUUGGAUGAUGAAGAUCUGGCUCUUUUUAUCAGUCAGUAUAUUGGUGAUAGCAAGUCUGAAGGUGAAUUAUCUAAGAGAAUUGUUAGCUUUUAUAAGGCAGCUAAGAGAGAAUCUGAGGAAAGGUUACAGGAUAGUGCCAAUCAAAAACCACAGUUCAGUUUGAGAUCUCUUGCUCGCGCACUUGAGUAUUCAAAGAAGGCAGAAAAGGAUUUUGUGUUUCAAAAAGCACUUUAUGAUGGCUUUUGCAUGUUUUUCCUGACUUUACUGGACGGCCCCAGCGCAAAGAUAAUGAACAAUAUGAUAUUAUCAUAUUUGUUAGGUGGAAAUAUGCCGCCAAAUAUUCCUUUUGAUCGCUAUUUCAUUAGGAAAACACAACAUCAGCAUGUUCCAAACAUGGAUUCAUUUGUGGAAAAUUAUAUUCUUACAAAAAGUGUAAAAGAGCAUCUUAGGAAUAUCUCUCGUGCCAUCUAUAUCAAAAAGUAUCCAGUUUUAUUACAGGGCCCUACAUCUAGCGGCAAAACUAGCCUUGUUCGCUAUCUUGCUUCAGUUACAGGUCAUGAGUUUGUGCGCAUUAACAAUCAUGAACAUACCGACCUGCAGGAGUACUUUGGUUCCUAUGUAACUGACUCUUGUGGAAGGCUUCAGUUUCAGGAGGGUGUGUUGGUGAAGGCUGUCCGCAGGGGGCAUUGGAUUGUCUUAGAUGAGCUUAAUCUUGCUCCAUCUGAUCUGCUGGAAGCCUUGAAUCGACUAUUAGAUGAUAAUAGGGAACUUUUUGUGCCUGAACUUCAAGAAACAGUAUCUGCACACCCAAAAUUUAUGCUUUUUGCUACACAGAACCCGCCCACAGUGUACGGUGGACGUAAAGUUCUUUCUCGAGCUUUUCGCAAUCGUUUUUUGGAGGUCCAUGUUGAUGAAAUUCCAGAAGAUGAGCUAACAACAAUUAUAGAAAAGCGAUGCAAGAUGCCAGAGAGCUAUGCUUUAAAAAUGAUUGAUGUUAUGAAGGAUUUGCAGCUCCAUAGACAAAAAAGUAAGAUCUUUGCGGGAAAGCAGGGCUUCAUUACUCCAAGAGACUUAUUUCGAUGGGCAAACCGUUUCAGAGUUUUUGGGAAGUCAUAUGAAGAUUUAGCUAAAGAUGCAUAUCUUCUUCUAGCUGAACGUUUGCGUGAUGACAGUGAGAAAAUUGUUGUUAGGGAAACUUUGGAACGGCGACUUCGUGUUAAGCUGUUUAUGGAUGACUUGUAUAAACGGGAGCUAGGUUUGGGUGAUUGUGCGUUGCAGUUUCCUAAACAGCAAGAGAUUCUUCCAAAUGUUGGAAAUGUUACUUGGACAGAAAGCAUGUGGAGAUUAUAUUUUCUUGUUGAGCGUUGCUACAAGAUGCGGGAGCCUGUGCUCCUUGUUGGUGAAACUGGUGGUGGUAAAACUACGGUGUGCCAGAUGCUUAGUGCUGUUCUUGGGUCAAGGCUGCAUAUUCUGAAUUUUCAUCAGUACACUGAGACUUCGGACUUCAUUGGGGGAUUUUAUCCUGUGCGAGACAGGUCAAAAUUAAUGAUGGAAUUUAAGCAGCUUAUUGGUCGAUUGAAGCACACCAAGAUUUAUCUUAAAUUUUCAGAAGACUAUGUGAUAUCUUCUGAUAUAACCCAAGCUUCUACUCUGACUUUGUUAGAUGAAAUAAUGAGCAGGUAUCGAAAUCAUGCAUCACUAGAUCCUGAUAUCACCCAACUAGACAUUGAUGGCUUUGAGAAAAUAAAGUUGGAACUUACACGGCUGCAGCAGAAGUGGCAGACAAUUUUCCUUUGGCAGGAUGGGCCCCUUGUGCAAGCAAUGAAGUGUGGUGACUUAUUUCUUGUGGAUGAAAUUUCUUUAGCUGAUGACAGUGUCCUUGAACGCUUAAAUAGUGUCCUAGAGCCAGAGAGAGCAUUGUCACUGCCUGAAAAAGGAGGCCCUGAAAUGGAGAAGGUAACUGGACAUCCAGGUUUCUUUCUCCUCGCUACAAUGAAUCCAGGUGGUGAUUAUGGUAAAAAGGAGCUAUCUCCAGCGCUUCGAAAUCGUUUUACUGAAGUGUGGGUUCCUCCUGUGAGGGACAAGGAGGAGCUUAUAAAGAUUGCUAGUGGAAGGUUCACAAAAUCUGAACUCUCAUGCUUUGCGGAUUGCAUAGUGAUGUUCUGGGAAUGGUUCAACCAGUCACAAACUUGCAGGACACUCACUGUGAGAGAUCUCUUGUCAUGGGUUUCUUUUUUGAAUGUGACAGAGGAAAGCCUUGGGUCUCAAUAUGCAUUCAUACAUGGGGCUUUUCUUGUUGUUCUUGAUGGUCUUAGCUUGGGGACAGGUAUGUCUAAAAGUGAUGCUAACAAGUUGAGGCAAACUUCUUUGUCAUUUCUACUAAAUGUACUUAAGGGACGUGUUGGUUGCAUUAACUUUGCCAUAUCUAAAAUGGAAAACUAUGGUUGGGGUGAUGAGAAGCAUGGAGACCUCUCACAUGUCAAUGGCUUUCAUUUAGAAAAUUUAUUUGGCGUCCAUCCUUUCUACAUCAAUAAAGGGCCAAAUGACUGCAGACAAGAGGGAUUUCAAUUCCUUGCUCCCACAACUCGAAGAAAUGCUUUAAGGGUGUUGCGGGCGAUGCAACUCCCAAAACCUGUGUUGUUAGAAGGUAGCCCAGGUGUUGGAAAAACAAGUUUAGUAACUGCACUUGCAGCAUAUUCAGGCCAUAGUGUUGUUCGGAUCAACCUCUCGGAGCAGACAGACAUGAUGGAUCUAUUGGGAUCAGAUCUACCUGUUGAAGGUGAGGGUGGAAUGGAGUUCUCUUGGUCUGAUGGAGUACUUCUUCAGGCCCUGAAGAACGGAAAUUGGGUUUUGCUGGAUGAACUGAACCUUGCUCCUCAAUCUGUUUUGGAGGGAUUAAAUGCUAUUUUAGACCAUCGAGCUGAGGUCUAUAUACCUGAAUUGGGUAUGACCUUCAAGUGCUCAUCUUCAUUCCGAAUUUUUGCAUGUCAGAAUCCAUCUUGCCAGGGUGGGGGUCGGAAAGGUCUCCCAAAGUCAUUCCUUAAUCGGUUUACCAAGGUUUAUGUUGAUGAGUUAGUUGAAGAUGAUUAUCUUUUCAUUUGUCAAUCACUGCAUCCCUCAAUCCCGGAAACUGUACUUUCAAAGCUCAUAUUGUUCAACAACCGUCUCUAUGAGGAUACCAUGAUACAUCGCAAGUUUGCCCAUGAAGGGUCUCCCUGGGAGUUCAAUCUACGUGAUAUCAUUCGGUCAUGUCAGGUUAUAGAAGGGUCACAUGGCACAUCAAAGUUUGAUAGCUUUCUGAAUCUUGUCUAUCUUCAAAGAAUGCGUACAGCAACUGACAGGGGAGAAGUGAUUAAGCUUUUUGAAGAAGUAUUUGGGCUGAAGCCGUCUAUACUUGAUAUUCCAAAAAUUUACAUUAAUCGAAAGCAUUUAACUGUGGGGAGUGCCCAUGUUCACAGAGCUCAUUACCAGCCUACAAAAGUUCUGAAAAGUCAACUUAAUUUGCUACCUGGUAUUCGCCAUGGCUUGGAAGCUGCUUUGCAUUGUGUACAGAAGCAGUGGUUGUGUAUUUUGGUGGGCCCUAGUUCUUCUGGAAAAACUUCAUUGAUCCGUUUAUUGGCUCAGCUCACAGGAAACAAAUUGCAUGAGUUGAAUUUGUCUCCUGCAAGUGAUGUCUCUGAGUUACUUGGUUGCUUUGAGCAAUAUGAUUACUUUCGCACUUUUAAAACUGUGCUUUCGCAGGUUGAACGCUUUGUUGAUGAGUAUUUCAGUUUGCAGCUAGAGUCUAACUUGAAUUAUUUGCUAAAUGAGAGGAAGGAGACGUUUACAAAGUGGUUUACUUUCUUGGCAUCUAGAAAUUAUAGUACUUCUGCUUCAACAUCUCAAACUGCUCAGUUUUGGACAAGUGUCUCUAGUGGCACUCUUGAUCCCUUGAUUGAGAUUAUCAAACAAUUGAAACUGGAUUUGGAGAAGUAUCAUCUACCUGUAUCAUGGUCAUCUGAAGAUUUGGAUGAAACCUUGAAGACUAUUAUAAAGUUGCAAGGGCAUAAAGCUAUGAUGCCAUCCACAAAAUUUGAAUGGGUUGCAGGUGAUUUGAUAAAAGCUAUUGAGAGUGGAGAAUGGGUGGUUCUAGAUAAUGCAAACCUUUGCAAUCCAUCGGUUCUUGAUAGGAUCAAUUCUUUGGUGGAGCCAGGUAGGUCGAUCAUGGUUAAUGAGUGUGGGAUAAUUGAUGGAAAGCCUGUUAUACUUCAUGCACAUCCUGAAUUUCGGAUGUUCCUUACUGUUGAUCCAAAGUAUGGUGAGGUGUCUAGAGCAAUGAGAAAUCGCGGAGUUGAAGUGUUUCUACUGCAACCAAAUUUGCUCUUCACUGAAGGUGCACAUGAUUGUAUGGAUAUUGAGAAGUGUGAUGUAAAUAGAUUUUUGAUUUUGUCUGGUAUACCUUCUAACAAGUUGGUUGCUGCAAUGAGUGAUGCACAUAUGCAUGCGAAAACUAUAGGACAAAAGCUUGGCAUACGUAUAACUCUUCUUGAGCUUUCUCAUUGGGUUCAACUAUUCCAACAGCUGCUAAUGACUGGAAAUAAACUUAAAUGGAGCCUUCAGUUAAGUUGGGAGCACACUUAUUUGUCUUCAUUAGGGCAAGCUGAGGCAAAGGAUGCAGUUAUGCAAGCAAAAAUUUCUUACUUAUCUGAUAUUAGUUUGUACAAACUAGAUCCAGCUGUUGGGUUUUCCUUGUCUUUGCCUGGAGGAUGGCCAAGACCGCAGACAUUAAGGAGCUUUUUAUUGUACUCAAAAGAAGCAUCUGUAAGGCAAAAUUGUAGUUACUUGGAGUCUCUGGGUGCUCAGUGUGCAUCCUAUGAAUUGAUUAUUAAUACUGAUGAAACAUCUUUCCAGAAGAAGUGCCUAAAUGUUGGGCCAUAUGUCAUCCCAAUGCAUAUACUACACAAUGUUCUUUUUCCCAAUGGGCUUGACAACAAGAAGUUUAGAUGCAAUGAACUUCCUGAAUUUAAUUUAGCACAAGCAAAUCAGAUGCUUUUUAUUGCAGCUAGCUGGACUUUUGAGCAAGCCACAGAAAGUGAUCUUGACUUAUACAAACUAUGGUUCAAGUGGUUUGCUUCGCAGUUGCAGCCAUACUGCCAAUUCUUCAAGUCCUUUCUGAUUAUAGUUGAACAAGAAGUAGUGCACCCCAUUUGGAUUCAAAUAUUUGAUUGCAGGAGGGUGCUUCAUUCAUACUUCAAAAUUGAUGUAGAAGCGAAACCAAUUCCGCUGCUUUCAUCCCAACCAAUGGAAUUGGUGUGUUUGGAUUUAUCAGUUAAACAAUUUCAGAAAUGUCUGAGAAAGGCUAUUGACUGCGUUGGCUUGCUGAGACUUUCUCUUAAACAAUGGAAUGAUGAGAAGGCUUUUGCUUAUUGUGAUGAAAAACUUGAAGUUUUGAUUGUACCAGUUUUGGAAUCUCUGAGAUGUUUGGAGAUGGAGGUUCUGAAAGUAAUUGUCAGUUCUGACAAACUAUGUGUGAUAUACUCAAAAUUUAUUGAAAGCCAUAUGUUACUGUGGAAGUACUUCACCUCGUCUUGCUUUGAUGCUUUUUUCUUGACAUGGAAUGAUCUUAGGAAAGGUGCACUUAGAUUGAAUGCUAAGUUUCCAGAAGCAGUUAACACAUUUUUGGAUGCGAGUUUGCAACUUGAUAAUUUACCAUCGUGCACUUUUCACAUGGAGAAGCCUUUCUUGUGGAUUCAUGGCGGCCAUCCAAUUCUGCCAUAUUCUAGAUCUAUAUUUGACAAAUUGCAUCAAAUUUGUGCUAUGUGUGACUCAAUUUGGCCUAGGAAUAAAAAUUUCACUCAAAGAUUCAAAGAUUAUUCAGUAGUAGAUGCUGUUUUGUCAAGUGAUGCUGAACUCCGCAAUCUUACAAUGCAAGGUGUUUGCAUGGCAUCUUAUAUUAUGCGUGAGGGUAGUCAAGACAAUGAUGACGUUCUUUGCCAGUUGGAGGAUCUGCAUCAGAGGCUUCUUGGAAGGCUCAAGUGUGAAAGGAGAAGUCUUGAAGUGGCCAUAGGAUCUGUGGGAAAUAGAACUUCUUUGGCAACCAGUUGUUGUACUUAUGGUCGUGAAGUUUUAUUUAGCCGAUCAACUUUUGACAGUUGGAAAGCAACCCUUCCUUUGUUUGACAAGAAGAGUUUUUUAUUUGACCUGAUGUUACUUCAAAAUUUGUCCAAAAGCACUGUGAUCGAUGAUCAUGAAGUCUAUCAGGUUUUAACAACUAUUUCACAUCUUUUGAGUUUUGCGGUCAACUACUCGUUGAAUUCCUCAUCAAGGUCACCAAUUGAUUUUACCCCCCACCAGACUAUUCUGUGGAUGUUGGAUUCUUGGAAUUCAGUGGCUUCUGGACGCGCUAGAAUUGCCAGUUGUGUUAUUGAGAUGUGGUUUAAUUGGCAUUCUUCUAUGUGGAAUUACUUCCCUGAAUCCUUCAAGCCUCACCUUGUUGAAUCCUGCCAUUUGUUAUGCACAACAAGAAGUGUAACUUUGGACAAAAUUCUAGAGGACUCAAUUCCAAUAAAAGAUUAUGAUUUGCACUGCUUGAACCUAAGAGUUGCUGCCAGAAGUCUUUGGCAGGAUAGACCGUUACAGCAGGAUAUAACUUGUGUACUUUUAUCCAUUGCUGAUUCUCUUUUCAAACAGAUCAUUUUUGCACAUGAGAAGUCCUUUAAAAAAGAUGUCUUUCAAGAGACUAAGUCCCUUUGCUCCUUGCCAAUCAAUAGCAGUGUACUGGAGAGUCUGGUUCAGUGCUGGAUGUCCCUUGUCCUAUCUUCUAGUCACAGGGGAUUGACUUCCUUGGUGGAUUCAAUUGUGGAACCUUUACUUGAUAUUCUAUACUGUAAACGCAUUUCUUGCGAUUCUGUCUACAAUCUUGGAUCUGCAUGGGCAUACUUAGGAGCUCUGCGGUUUCAUUUAUUGUUGAAUCCAGUUGGUCCUGAUCCUGUCAUAAAAUACACAAUUAGACAUGCAGAGCUACUAGAGAAGAUUUCAUUGCUUGAAUUGGAAAUUAAGGUGCGACAAGAAUGUGUGCGCAUGGCAGGGAGUAGCUCGAGCAGAGAUGAUGAACUCACGAGGUUUUCUUUAUUAGAAAAGCUUGAGAAGGAUUUGAAACACUUAAAGGCAAAGAUUGUAUAUCGACCUGAACCUUCUAAAUUUAUGAAGUUGCAAUCAUCAUGUCGUGAUUUCCUGGAGCUUGUAUCCUCUUGCAUGGUGUUGGUAAAGAAUCUAAAAAGUACCACAGACCUCCCUAACAUGAUUGAUGUGGCACACAAUUGGCAGGUUACAUCAGCCUCAUUCAUAGCUAGACUAUCAGAAGAAUUUCCUGAGUAUAUGGACAUAAUUCAGCCAAUACAAGUUGCCAUCCAUGAAAUGAAGUUUGGAUUAGCAAUGGUCACAUCUGAUGCUCUGGAAAGAGAAUAUUUGACCAAGGUCCAAGAACACAAUAUGGGAAGGAUCUCAGGUGCUCUGUAUUCCCUCAUGCAGUUUCCACGUAUUUUGACUGGUGGAGAAAGUCAUAUUGAACUGCAUGAUAUGGUGCCUAAAUUUGUUGUUUGUGAUGUCCAUGCACAUGAUAACAGCCAGAUGUUUGACAUCACUUUGCUGAAGAAGUUAAUUCAUGUUUCAAGUGGAAUAAGUUCUGACAAAGCUGUUUCUCAUGGACAGCUGCAAAUUUUGAUGUAUCAUAUUGUCCUAGUUCAUGCAGCGAGCUUUGUUUGUAGCUCUCUUCUCAUGGACCACACUUCCUUUUUGCUCUUGAAAAAAAUGUUUGAUCACUUUGGAAGUUUGUGGGUUGACAUGAAGUCUCAUAACAAAGACAAGGAAGAAAAUGAUGCUCAAUAUUUCAAGUUCCGGCCUCGUUCUGUUAUGCUAGAAGACAUUCUGAGGAAUGACCAGUGUCACAUCAUUGAGUUAGAUUCAGAUGGAGCUCUUGCUCGUGAAUCUGAUGAGUUGUGGCUGGAACAGGAAUACAGUAAACUGAAGCAACCUGCAAAAGAAGGGAAUAUGGAAGGAGGGUGGGAAAAUGUUCCAGAAUCCAUAUUGAACAGUGUGGUACUCAUCCACAAUCAAUUAUUUGGGCAUUGGGAACCAGACGGACAUACAAGGAAGCUUGUUCAAUGUUUCGUCACUGAUGACCAGAGGUUGCAUUCGUUUAUGGAUUCCUACAUGUUAGGGACCAUGAUAAUUAAAGAUCUUCAGUCUCUUCAGUCGUCCGCGAUUGAUGACAACUUCUUAGUGGAGCACUUACUUUAUGUGUGUUUAAAGUAUGAAAGAACUUUGGGAUUUCAUUCUCAACCAACUCGUGCUUACAAUAUCUAUAAGGAUUCAAAUGCUGGAGCUAUGUUCAAAAUAGUGAAGCCUUUGACUUUAAUUCAAGAACAGGCCAGGUCAUAUCUUGAUGACUGGCCAGAUCAUCCAGGUCUCCUAAAAAUUCUGGAUGUUGCUGAAAUGCUUUUGGAAAUGCCCUUGAAUACCCCUUUCUCAAAGGUUCUGCUUGGGCUGCAAGUUCUGGUUAGUAGAGUCCAAUCGCUGCAAGAAAGUGCUGCUAGGUUUUCUUUCCACGAUCAACUACAACCUGCGUUUGCUCUUCUACUGUCAUGGCAAAAGGUUGAAUUGGAAGCCUGGCCAGCUUUGCUUGCUGAAGUUGAACUACAGCAUGACAUCAAUGCUGGAAAGCUGUGGUUCCCCUUGCACUCAGUUCUUCAUCAUAGUCUAUCAUGUGAUGAUGAAAAUGACAAUCCUGAUAUAAUCCAAAGUGUGCAGGAAUUCAUGCAAACUGCUAAUGCUGGAGAGUUCAGAAAACGUCUUCAUCUUCUUGUCGCCUUCCAUGAGCAAAUAAAUCAUGGUAUAUGUUUGAAAGCCUAUUCAAGCCAUGGAAUGAAGAAAAGUCUUGAUGUUCUCUACAACGCAGUUGGAUUCUUUGUGCAAUUUCUUCCUUUAGUGUUAGGCUACAUUGAAGAUGCUAAAAAGAACAUUGAGAAGGAUUUGAAAGAAUGUUUGAAACUUUUCCGCUGGGAACAGAGUUAUCAUCAGUCCUCAAUUGAGAAUUUUAGAAGGGCAAGGCAAAAGAUGUGGAAACUUAUCCAGAAGUACAAUGACCUUUUACAGCAGCCAGUCAUGCUUAUCCUGAGUCAAGAAGUAAUGUUUAAGAAAGAAAAAAUGACUACAUGGCUUGAACAGAAGACAUAUGCUGAUAUUGAUGUAGAUUUGGCACAGUUUCCUAUGGAUUUCUUGCAUGCCACAAGUACUGAAAGUUUGUCUUGGCUUGGUGAUUGGAUAAGCAAAGCUGCGGUUACCCUUCAAAGCAUGUCCAAGAGUACUAGUGGCUUUGCCAAUAUUGUCCUUCCAUCUGCUUUUUCCUCAUCUGCAUGCCAAGAUUUUAAGAGCAAAUGGCUAGAAGGUUGGUCAUCUGUCAAAAAUAUUUGUAGAGAUGCAGCAGAAUUUUCUUGCCUUUGGAAGCAUGAAACCAAAGGUCUUAAAAAAAGAAGGGCUUUUGGUGAGCUAUUGAAAAAUUUAGAAAGAUGUGGACUAUCAAGACGUAGAUCUGGAACAUUUGAGGUGGGAGUCGAACCAAGCCAGCAAAAUAGAUCAUUUAUGCAGCCAUCAUAUGAAAUUCUACAUCUGCUUCAGCAAGAAUACUAUCAAUUUAUAGAUGGCAAGCCUGCAAACAACUAUGAUUCUCUAAAAUGGGAGGAUGCAAAUAGGUAUUAUUUCAAAAAUUUGGCUAUGAUGCAGCAAAUACAACAUAGUUGCCUUAAAUUCCACAAAGACCUCACAUUGGAACAGGUCAAUCAAGCAGUCUCUUUUCUUGACCACCUGUUAUACAUUCAACAAGAGCAAAGAUAUAUUACCUAUUCUGUAUUCAGGUUCUUAGGCCAUCUUAGACGGAAGUUAUAUCUUCUAAAUUGUAUCGGUGUUGAUGUAUGCUGUUCAAAUGAGGAGGACCAACAUUUAUUCAACCAAAAUUUAUAUAGUUCUGGUUCAAAAGGUGUUGGGGAAGGUUAUGCUGUGAGUCCAAAUCAAUAUGUUGUGCUUAAAUGCAUGUGGCAGCAGAAACAACUAUUUGAUAGCCUGCUUGUGAUGUCAAAAGAUGCGUGCUUGGUGUUAUCAAAAGCCAAAAGAUGUCAUCUGAGUGGUUGUGGCAUUGUUACCUCUGGGCUUGAUGCAGUUAAUGAUCUUCUGGAAAGUGGCAUUCCAACCUUUGAGAAAGCUAAGGAAUCAUUAGAUAUGUAUCUCAUCGGUGAUAGCAAGGUGGUAACUGCAUACAGUGCUUGUGUGCCUUUUGUUAUUUCUCAACAUUUGGAGCAAUUAGUGGCACAUAACUUUCAGACUAUCAGUGUUUUUGAAAAGAAUGUGCAGAAGUUGAGCUUGCAGGAAUCUAUUGCGACAUCUGUAAUGGGACAUUUGCUUGAUCGUUUUGGAGGCCUGAUCAGCAAGGGAAGGGAGAUGAUGCUGGAUUUUCAGUCUGUGCUUGGGACAAAAGGUCAAAUGGUUGUUGAUGAGGAUACACAUUUCAUGGAAAACUUUGCCAUGUUGGAGGCUUCAUUUUUUCAAACAUCUGAGGAGACAAAUAACCUUCUAGUGGAUGCACUAGGAAAGUUGGAUGGUCUUUCCAACAGGCAUCCUUUUGAUGAAAAAUUAUCUUUAGAGAAUAUAACCUUGUGGAAAGGUCUAUUUGAAUCCAUUACCUUAGAUCUACAUCUGGAAGAUUUGUGUGACUCUCUGAAUAGAACAGUUAUUGCAGCAUGCAAACUCGCAAAUUCUGUCGGUCAUAGAGAACCAAAAGUGCUUUCUGAAAUAGAGUCCCGAGUGAAGGAUGUUACUCUGGUGCUGGAUCUCGUACUAAAUUUUGUGGAGAACAUGUUAUAUGAGUUCUUGGACGCGCAUAAGACAAUUGCUGAGAUGACUAAUGUGCUUGCACAUGUAUUUGCUGCAUUAUUUUCCAAAGGAUUUGGUACUUCUGAGGAGUCUGCAGAAGACACUACUUGUGCUGGAACACAAGAGGCAUCUGGAACUGGUAUGGGGGAGGGUGAAGGUAUUAAUGAUGUCAGUGAUCAGAUAACUGAUGAAGCUCAACUCCUUGGAAGUUCUGAGAAGCAGGAUGGACUGGAUGACUCCGGUAAAGCAUCGAGUAACAAAGACAAAGGCAUUGAAAUGGAUGAGGAUUUCACAGCUGACACAUUCAGUGUGAGUGAGGACUCAGAAGAUGACAAGGCUGAAAGUGAUGAGGAUAUCAACUUGGAGUCUAGAAUGGGAGAGACUGGGGAGAAUAAUGAGGUUGUUGCUGAAAAGUUAUGGGAUGAGGAUGGAGAUGAUAAUCCUGAUACUUCCACUGAGAAGUAUGAAUCAGGUCCGUCAGUAAAAGAAACGGAGUCUGGCUCAAGGGAACUUAGAGCUAAAGAAGACGAUACUCUUAGAAUGGAUGGAGAAUUAGAAGAGUUGGAUAAAAAUGAGUCUGAGAAGUCGAAUGAGAAGGAUGAGAAAUCUGAUUUGCCUGAUGAUGAUGAAAAUGCCAACGGUAUGGAGCUUGAAAAGAAAGAUGCCAUUACGGAUGCAACAGGGAUUCAGGUUGAUGAACAAGAACAAAAUCCUGAAGAUAUGAACAUUGAUGAACCCCAAGGUUCAGAUAAGAUUGAGGAAGAUAACCCAUCCUCAAUAGCUUCUGAUGAGGAAAUGAAAGAGGGAGAUGAAAAUCACAGCCCUCCAGAUUGUAUGGAUGAUGAUACUGGUGAUGUGAAGGAAAAUAAUGAGGUUGGAGGAGAGAUUGAAACUGAUAGUGCGGAUAUAAAUAUGGAGGAUUCAAGCAGAGGAGCUCUUGAACCUCAGAAAGUUGAGCCAUUUCAUGAUCCCACAGAAGGUGCUGAAUCAGCUGAGGCAAACGCUGAUGCUCAUGGAGACUCAACCAGGGAACCAGAGUUGCACUGGUCAAACAGCACUGAUUUGAAUCAUGGCAUUGCUCCGUCACAUUCCUCAAGGCAAGAUGAAGUUCCAAAAUUAGACUUUUCCAUGACCAAUUCAAAUAAAGGUUCAAGUUUACAAUCUAAUCCAGAUAAACCUCCUACUUCUCAAGAUGACAAUUCAUCUCUGCAAAGAACUCAACCAAAUCCUUUCCGAAGUAUUGGAGAUGCCAUGAAGGAGUGGAAAGAAAGGGUUAAUAUUUCAGCUGAUUUGGAAGAAUUUCAGUCAGAUGCCCUUAAUGGCUCUGAUGAUGAAGGGGCUGAUGAAUACCGGUAUGUAUCAGAGUUGGAAAAGAGCACGACCCAAGCACUUGGUUCUGCAACAUCUGAGCAGACCAAAAAUAAUGUUCAAGACAAGAAACCUGAUGCAGAUGAAGUGAUGUCAGGGAAGAAGGAAGAUGUGGAUAGAAUUGAUGGUGUCAAGGAAAGUUUUGACUCAAUGCACCUUAAGACCAGGCAACUUUCUAUUCCUAGGGAGAGAGUCGGUGAGCAGAUGUUGGAAACUACUUUAGCAAGUGAAGAUGCCUCAGUGGAAGAAGAGAAGCGGGGCAACACAAAUGAGCUGUCAGAGGACAAGGUCUCAUUUAAAAGCUCAUACAUGAGCGGAAGUUCCUUCCCUCCAGAUGAUAAUGGCAGUGAGGAGUUAUGCAAAGCUAUUGUUGUUGAAGAUGUUGCUGAUGAUAUGAAGCAAAAAGCUAUUAUGGAUUGGAGAAAAUAUGAACUUGUCACAACAAAGCUAUCUUUGGAAUUGGCUGAGCAGUUGCGUCUGGUCCUUGAACCAACUCUAGCAAGCAAACUUCAAGGAGAUUAUAAAACCGGAAAACGAAUAAACAUGAAAAAGGUUAUUCCAUAUAUUGCGAGCCAUUUCCGGAAAGAUAAAAUAUGGCUUAGACGGACGAGACCUAACAAACGUGAUUAUCAGAUUGUGGUUGCAGUAGAUGAUUCACGCAGUAUGUCUGAGAGUAAUUGUGGUGAUUUUGCCAUUGAAUCUCUCGUGACAGUCUGCCGAGCAAUGCAACAACUGGAAGUAGGUCAACUUGCAGUUGUAAGCUUUGGUGAGAAGGGGAACAUCAAGUUACUGAAUGAUUUUGAGCGUCCUUUUAGUAGGGAAACUGGAAUCCAGAUGAUAUCAAGUUUAUCCUUCAAGCAAGACAACACAAUAGCCGAUGAACCAGUUCUUGAUCUCUUGAAAUAUUUGAACAACAUGCUCGAUGCUGCAGUGGCAAAGGCACGGAUGCCAUCUGGGCAGAACCCUCUCAACCAACUCAUAUUGAUCAUUGCUGAUGGACGAUUCCACGAGAAGGAGAGCUUGAAGCGCCAUAUCAGAGACCUUCUGAGCAGAAGACGGAUGAUUGCAUUUAUACUUUUGGACAGCCCACACGAAUCUAUCAUGGAUCUCAAUGAGGCAUCAUUUGAAGGGCAAACUCUCUCAUUCAAAAGAUACUUAGAUUCUUUUCCCUUUCCAUAUUACAUCGUCUUGCGGAAUAUUGAAGCACUUCCCAGGACCCUUGCUGAUUUACUAAGACAGUGGUUUGAGCUUAUGCAGAGUGUCAGUGACUAAUUCUCUCAUACAAAAGAUGAGAAGAGCCAUGCAUGAUGAUGUAUAUGUCCAGUUCUUUGCCUAUUUACGCCAUACAGUUCGAAGACGCAAGGUUAAAUACCGAGCAACUGUAAAUUUUGAUCAGGUUAAACAUUGCAGUGCUAAUCUCCUGCUGUAUAAAUAUACACACAACAAUAUAGGUCAAAUAGUGAGCUACCACUGCAAAAUUUUGAUCAGUGAAACAUUGCAGUGCUUGUUACAUGUAAUAUUUAACAAUUUGUAACAUUCCCACAUAUAUAUAUAUCAUCAAUCUUUGGUACAGUCA